AUGCUCGUCCGGCUCGCCUCGCUGGCGACUCUCGCCGCCGCGCUCUACGUCGCGCUCGCGUCGCCUCUCCCCCUCUCGCGGCGCACCGACCCGUCCGAGCCACCUCCUGUCGUCGACCUCGGCUAUGCGCGGUACCAGGGCGUCCUCAACGAGACUUACGGCAUGUACGAGUGGCGCGGCAUCCGGUACGCGACGGCCGAGCGGUUCCAGGCGCCUCGCACGCCGUCCAAGAACUCGAGCGACUCGAGCCCGAUCCUCGCCGCCAAGUUCGGCGACGUGUGCUACAUCUCGCAGGUCGGCGCCAACACGACGACGCAAGGCGUGCUCACCGAGGCGGCGACUGCGCCGUCCGCGACCCAGUCGGAGGACUGCCUGUUCCUCAACGUCGUCGCGCCAGCGGGCUCGUGCGAGGGCGCCGACCUGCCCGUCGUCGUCUACAUUCACGGUGGAGGCUUUGCCUUUGGGGACGCGCAAAUCCAGUGGGAGCAGUUCCUGCAGCACAUCGGCAACAAGGUCGUGCUCGUCUCGAUCCAGUACCGCCUCGGACCUUUCGGCUUCCUCGCUGGCAGCGAGGUGGUCGCGAACGGCGUCACGAACGCGGGCUUGCUCGACCAGCAACACGCUCUACGGUGGGUCCAGGACCAGAUCCACAAGUUCGGCGGCAACUCGGACCACGUCACCAUCUUUGGCGAGUCGGCGGGCGCAGGUUCUGUUCUCAACCAGGUCCUGGCCAAUGGCGGCAACACGGUCAAGGCGCUCGGCCUAAAGAAGCCCCUGUUCAAGGCGGCGCUCGGCGCUUCGGUCUUCCUCCCUCUUCAAGUCGAGGCGACGUCGUCCUGGGCCGAGUCGAGAUACAACGACCUCGUCGCAGCGACCAACUGCACGGGCGACAAGUCGACCUUCCGCUGCCUCGAGUCGGUCGACGCCGGCGCGCUCGCCGCCGCGAGCGGGAAGCUCUCGCAGGACCAGCCGUUCGGCUCCUGGACCUACGUUCCCGUCGUCGACGGCUCGUUCUUGACAAAGCGGGCGUCGGUCCUCCUCAAACAGGGCCAGAAGAACCUCAACGGCGACGUCUUCUACGGCAACAGCAACGCCGACGAAGGGUUCAUCUUCACCGACCCGACCCUACAGAACGACACAACAACCUCUCCCGCCGCUCUCGACGCACAAUUCGACUCGACGCUCGCCGGGCUUUUCCCCCUCAUCACGGCCGAGGAGCGUCAGUCGGUUGCCCAGCAGUACCCGGCCUCGAGUGCUUCGUCGUCGAAGGGCAACACGUUCGCGCGCAUCUCGAGCAUCAUCGCCGACUCGACCUUCGUCUGCCCUACCUACUGGAGCGUCGAGGCGUUCGGCACAUCGGCGUACAAAAGCCGCUUCGCGUACGGCCCGGCCACGCACGCGUUCGACCUGCAGUACUAUUCUGGCGAACUGUGGACGGGCACCAAGUCGGUCUCGUCGAUCCAGUCGUUCGCCGGCGCCAUCGGCGGCUUCAUCCGGUCGUACAACCCGAACGACAACCCGGCCAACUCGACGAUCAACCCGUCGUGGCCGACCUACGACUCGAGCGAGGAGAUGCUCUUCAACCUCACUAUGCCGCUGAACCUCCUCUCGACGGCCGACCCUCGAGUCAUCAAGACGUCGAGCCUGACCGACUUUGGCACGAGCCAGAGGGAGAAGUGCGACUUCUGGCGCGGGUCCAUCUCGAAGAACGCCGGACUUUAG